AACGCAUCCAUCUAUCGUGAUGGCAAUUAAGGACUUUUCCCGCCGUUCCCUCCCGUUUUCACGCCCCGAAAUCCGCACUUUUUUCCUCUUUUGCUCCCCCUUUCAUAUCCCCGGCAACAAACUCUUAUAUAUACCCCGGCCCCUUUCUCACUCUGCUCUUAGUAUACUUAAUUAAAGCUUCAAUUCACAGUCAAAUAUAUCCAUAUCCAGCUUCUAGAGAACGGAAAUGGCGGCAGCACGAGUCCACUCAACCACUUCCUUUCUUCUCCUCUCACUCUUCUUAGUCUUGAUUACUUUCUCCAGUUUCGCUCAAGGUUACAACAGGCUUCGGCCAAAAGAUUGUAAGCCGAGAUGCACUUACCGUUGCUCGGCGACGUCGCAUAAGAAGCCGUGCAUGUUCUUCUGCCAGAAAUGCUGCGCCACCUGCCUCUGCGUUCCUCCGGGGACUUACGGCAACAAGCAGACCUGUCCUUGCUACAACAACUGGAAGACUCAGGAAGGCCGUCCAAAAUGCCCUUAAUUCAAUCAUCAUCUAUAAUCUAUUCAACCCUAUCCUAGCUAAUAUACCCAGCCGCUGCUUAUACUACUAUACCUAUUACUAUAUGUCUAGGCUUCCUCUGGAUCGGAUCGGAUCGUUUGUUUCACUGUAUCCGAUCCAUGUAUGCUUGAUUUAGUAGUUUUGUUCUAUUGUGUCAUGUUUUGUAUGCUUGGGAGGAGUUCGUUGUUGCCACAUUGCACUCGACUUUCCAUGAUUUCGAAUUUGCUUUUCCAUGAAGUUAAGGGAGAAAGGCAAAAGUUAUAUGCAUAAAUAGUUUUAUUU